AUGGCAGCCCCACAGGAUGAGAGGUUGGAGCUCCUGGAGAGCUUGGCCACGGGGCUGCUGCGCGUCCGGCCGGACAAGUGGACCAAGUUUGUGGUCAGCGAGGAGACUUCAACUAUGCUGGACAAGUUCUUCAAGCUGCCAGAAAUGCAGGAGCUGGUGCUGGUGCUGAACCCUGCUGGGCAGAUCCUGCCCACUACCUGCUUCCCACCUGCCAUAAAGGGCAAGGGAAUCUACUGUGUGAAGAAGAAGGGGGACAGCAUCCCCGGGGAGAACUGCCGGAGCGCUCUGCUGGUGGGAGACAUCGGCCCCUCGCCCGUGGAGCAGCUCAUUGCUGUGCUGAUGGAGGUCGUGUCCCCUCUGCUGCUGAGCCAGGAGGAGGGGUCGGGCUGGCCCAGGAUUGUGGUGGAGGACGUCGUGAGACAGACUCGCCAGCUGCAGAACAAGCUGUUGGUGAUGAGCGGGAAGAUCCAGGGAAAGCCCCUGCUGCCCCUGCCCGAGCACCUGGUCAGCUGGGAUGAUGCAGGGCUCCCAGGGGCCAUAACCCAUCUGCCUUCCAGCCUGGUGGAGCCCAUAGACGGUGCAGUGCUGCACUCCAUCGAGACUGUUGUCAUCGAGUGGUUCCAGCAGGUUGAGGAGAUCUUCAGCCAGGACCCAGCUCAGCAGCUGCUGGAGGGGCUGCACCCCCUGCCCAAGGUGGAGUUUGAUUUCUGGCAGACCAGGAUGACCAGCUUGGAGUGCAUCAUCCAGCAGCUGCACUCGCCCCAGGUGUCGGUGCUGGCCAAGGCUCUGGAGAAGGCUGACAGCUGCUACUGGCCCUCCCUGCAGAACAUGUUCAGCGCUGUCACUGGGGGUCUGGAGGAGGCCAAGGAUGUCAGCCUCCACCUGCAACCGCUGCAGGCGCUGCUGGAGGACAUGGAGCAAGCAGAUUACUUCCAGCUGCAGCCCCUCGUGCCCAAGGUGCUCUGCACUGUCUGCCUGCUCCGCACCCACUGCAUGCACUACCACUCACCUGCCCACGUAGCCCGCAUCCUGCAGGAGAUCUGCAACUUCUUCAUCAGCCUGACCUACAAAUUCCUGAACCCGGAGGACAUGCUGAAGGGGCUGCAAGGGGAGCCCCAGGAGGGGCUGGCGGGACUCACACUCGCCAUCUCCACCACAGAGAAGUUCUUCCAGUCCUACAGCACCUACUGCUCCGAGCUCAUGCCCACGUUCUUCCCGGAGCAGCCAGAGCUCUGGGAGUUUCCUCCCACUCAGCUCUUUGGGAGGAUGGCCGCCUUCUUGCACAGGCUCAAGGACAUCAAGGAGCUGUUCCAGGCAGCCAUCGACUUCCUGAAGCUGGAGAAGACGGUGCUGGGAGGGGUGCGAGGAAACUUCCUGGGCACCUGGGUGCUGAGGAUCUCUGAGGAGAUCUGUGAGGCCACCAAGGCUUUUGCUGACUGCAAAUAUGAUCCCUUGGAUCCCGAUGAAGAGCAAUGGAAUACAGACUUUGAAGAGUUCCAGAAGAAGGUUGAGGAUGCCAACAAGCAGCUGGCUGCCAUCUUCUGCCAAGGCUUUGAUGACUGCAACCGCCUGACAGCGGCUGUGCAGCUGAUGCACAUGUUUGGCUCCGUGCUGGAGCGGCCCCUGGUCAAGGCUGAGGCUUCCCCCUGCUACGUGGCCCUGCUGGGGAUGUUCGAGGCAGAGCUGGACAGCGUGAAGGCGCUGUAUGACACCAGGAUGGUGUCCCCACCGCCCCACGGGGGGGCCCCGGCCAUCCACAAGAACCUGCCCCAGGUGGCUGGGAAGCUGAAGUGGGCUCUGGAGCUGCAGCAGCGGCUGGAGGGGCCACACAAGGACUUGCUGGCCAUGGACCACCCUGCCAUGGGCGGUGCUGAGGCCGAGACCGUGUCCGCAAAGUACGAGGAGAUGAUGGGGAUGCUGCAGAGCUACAGCCAGGGGAUCUACGAGGAGUGGGCAAGUGGGCCUGGGCAGGAUUGCCACUUCAGCCUGGAGCAGCCCCUGCUGCGGAGGGACCCUGAGUCUAAGCUCCUGCACGUGAACUUCAGCAGAGAGCUCUCUGCCGUCCUGAGGGAGGUCAAGUACCUGCACAUCCAGCAGCAGCCGGACAUCCCAAGCAAUGCUGAGAGCCUCUACGCCCAGAAUGAGACUUUCCAGAACAUAGGGGACAACCUGGCGCUCAUCGUGGGCUGGUACAACGAGGUGAAGCAGCAGCUGAUGCCAGUGGAGAAGCCACUGCUGGAAGAGGAGCUGGAGGCCCUGGACGUCCGCCUGGCCACUGGUGAGAAGACUCUGUUCUGGAACCAUGAAGGUGUCAUGGAAUACAUCCAGGAGAUGAGGGACAGCCUGCAUGACCUGCAGAAACGGGUCCAGGGUGCGAAGCUGAACCUGCAGAGCAUCAGCCAGAUGAUGGAGAACUGCUCAGCCACUCCCUUGUUUGGAAGAAAGGACAACAAGGAAGCGGCGCUCCUGGACCUGGAUGGGAAGGAAAACGCCUUGGCUCAGCGCCGCGCCCUCAUCGAGAGCACGGGCGAGAAGAUCCAGGCCAUGGUGAAGGAGAACGCAGAGCUGUUCAAGGCUGCCUUGGCCGCUCAGAUCUGGCGAGACUACGUGGCCUACAUCGACAGGAUCAUCUUGGAUGGGCUCUGCACGCUCGUCCACAGAACCCUGCAGCUGCUGCUCACCAACAUGGACCCCGAGGCGCAGGUGGCGCCGCUGUUCGAGGUGCGCAUGGAGCUGGCCGAGGGCCGCGUGCAGUACCAGCCCUCGCUGGACGCGGGGGCCGGUGACAGCUUCCUGGUGCUGGUGGAGGGGCUGCUCGGCGACACCGAGUCCGUGGCAGCGUCCAUGCCACGGCUGCUGGAGGGGGCGGUGAGCUACAAGACAGCGCUGGAGGAGCAGGCAGAGCUCCUGAGGAUGCAGGAGACGCUGAUGUCGCUGGUGGUGAGCACCAUGGCAGAAGGUGAAGAAUUCAGUGCCAGCUUUGAGGAACUCUCCUACCUGUGGCAGGAGAGCGCCGAGGAGUUCCUGGAGCGCUUCCUCACCAUGGACAGAACUGCCGAGCCCGGAGAGGGGGGGGCACAGCCAGGCACAGAGAAACAGCCAGGCACAGAGAAACAGCCGGGCACGGAGGCACAGCCGGGCACGGAGGCACAGCCAGACACAGAGAAACCGCCAGAGCCUGGGAAACCCUUGGCACCUGGGCUGCCACCCCUCCAGCUCUUUCAACAGGAGAUCGACACGCUGGAGGCACUGUACGAGGAGGUGCUGGGGUUUGAGGAAACCAGGGUGUUUGGGGGGUGGCUGCAGAGCGACUGCCGCCCCUUCAAGAAGGCGCUGCUGGAUGCCAUCAAGGGCCACAGCCUGGUGCUCCGGCACUUCCUCGCCAACCACGUCACCAGCAGCCUCCAGGAGCUGCAGGAUUUCAUCCAAGAGUCCACUGCCGGCUUGAGUAAACCUCUGGAGGAGGGAGACUACGAAGGACUGGUGGCAGUGAUGGCACACCUGGCGAAGGUCAGGGAGAGGCAGGAGGCCACUGACGUCAUGUUCGAGCCCCUGAAGGAGACGGUUGCGCUGCUCAAGACUUACGGGGACAAGAUGCCGGAUGAGAUCCACCUGCAGCUCCAGAAGCUGCCCGAGCAGUGGGACAACAACAAGAAGCUGUGCCUGCGGGUGGCGGAGAGCGCGGCGCCCCUGCAAGCGGCCGAGGCCGCCAUCCUCCGCGACAAGUGCCAGGACUUCGAGGUCAAGCAGCUCGCCUUCCGGGAGACUUUCCUGAGCAAAGCGCCCUUCUCGUACACAGAGCCAGAGCCCUACAAGAAAAUGAACAGGCAACAUGUAGGCAUCCUGGCCUUGGAGGAGGAAAUGGCAGCCCUGGCCACCUCAGCUGCGCUGUUUGAGGUGUCAGUCCCCGAGUACAAACAGCUGAAGCUGUGCCGCAAGGAGCUGCGCCUGCUGAAGGACCUGUGGGACAUGGUGACCCUGGUGAACUUGAACAUUGAAGCCUGGAAGACAACCAAGUGGGCAGAGCUCAACGUCGAGGAUAUGGACAUCGAGUGCAAGAAGUUCGCCAAGGACAUCCGGGGCUUGGACAGGGAGGUGAAGAGCUGGGACGCGUUCUCGGGGCUGGACAGCAGCAUGAAGAACAUGAUAACGUCCCUGCGCGCCGUGAGCGAGCUGCAGAACCCGGCCAUCAGGGACCGCCACUGGCAGGAGCUGGUGCACACAGCCAAGGUGGAAUUCACCAUGUCUGAGAAAACCACGCUGGCCGAUCUGCUGCAGCUGAACCUGCACAAGUUUGAGGAGGAGGUUCGGGGCAUUGUGGACAAGGCAUCGAAGGAGGCUGGGAUGGAGAAGGUGCUGAAUGCCCUGGACAGCACUUGGGCAACCCUGGAGUUUGAGUACGAGUCCCACAGCAGGACCCAGCUCACCCUGCUCAAGGUGGACGAGUCGCUCAUCGAGACGCUGGAGGACAACCAAAUGCAGCUGCAGAACGUGUUGGCCUCCAAGUACCGAGCCUUCUUCCUCCAGAGGGCACAGGAGUGGCAGAACAAGCUGUCAACCACUGACACUGUUAUCAACACCUGGCUCGAGGUGCAGAGGAAGUGGAGUCACCUGGAAACCAUCUUCAUAGCCUCUGAGGACACUCGCAGUCAGCUGCCAGAGGAGUCCAAGAAAUUUGAUACCAUUGACGAGGAUUUCCGAGAGCUGAUGGCUGAUGCAGUGAAAACUCCCAAUGUGAUUGAAUGCACCAACAAGCCCGGGCUGCACACGCGGCUGGAAGCGCUGCAGGAAAGGCUGGCAGUCUGUGAGAAGGCCUUGGCUGAAUACCUUGAGACCAAAAGACUGGCUUUUCCUCGGUUCUAUUUUGUUUCCUCUGCGGACCUACUGGAUAUUUUAUCAAAGGGGACCGAGCCCCUUGAGGUGUCGCGGCACUUGACGAAGCUGUUUGACAGUUUGGCCAAGCUGGAGUUCGUGCUGGACUCAGACAAGAAGCCUCAGAAGAUGGCCCACGGGAUGUUCAGCCGGGACGGGGAGUACGUGGCCUUCGAUGCAGACUGUGACCUGUCUGGCCAGGUGGAGAUUUGGCUGAACCGGCUGCUGGAGCGCAUGCGCUCGACGCUGCGCAGCCUCAUGCCCCAGGCCCUGGGCACCUACGAGGACAAGCCGCGGGAGCAGUGGGUGUUUGACUACCCAGCCCAGAUCGCUCUCACGUGCACCCAGAUCGCCUGGACCUCCGAGGUUGGUGUUGCCUUUGCGAGUCUGGAGAAAGGUUACGAGAAUGCCCUGAAGGAUUAUAACAAAAAGCAGAUCGCUCGGCUGAACGCCCUGAUUUCCCUGCUCCUGGGGAACCUGAGUGCUGGAGACAGAAUGAAGAUCAUGACAAUCUGUACUAUUGACGUCCAUGCAAGGGAUGUUCUGGCCAAAAUGGUCCAAACAAAGGUGGAGAGCUCGCAGGCGUUUGCCUGGCAGUCGCAGCUGCGGCACCGCUGGGACGAUGGGGAGCGGCACUGCUUCGCCAACAUCUGCGACGCGCAGCUGCUGUACGCCUACGAGUACCUGGGGAACACGCCCCGGCUGGUCAUCACGCCCCUGACGGACAGGUGCUACAUCACCCUGACACAGUCCCUGCACCUCUACAUGGGGGGAGCCCCCGCCGGCCCCGCGGGCACCGGCAAAACCGAGACCACCAAGGACCUGGGCCGGGCCGUGGGCAUGAUGGUGUACGUGUUCAACUGCUCCGAGCAGAUGGACUACAAGUCCUGUGGGAACAUCUACAAAGGACUCGCCCAGACAGGCGCCUGGGGCUGCUUCGACGAGUUCAAUCGCAUUUUGGUGGAGGUCCUGUCGGUCAUUGCCGUGCAGGUCAAAUCCAUUCAGGAUGCAAUCCGUGCCAAGAAGAAAACGUUCAACUUCCUAGGGGAGAUGAUCUCGCUGGUGCCCUCGGUGGGGCUGUUCAUCACCAUGAACCCCGGCUACGCCGGGCGCACCGAGCUGCCCGAGAACCUGAAGGCUCUGUUCAGACCCUGCGCUAUGGUGGUCCCUGAUUUCGAACUGAUCUGUGAAAUCAUGCUCGUGGCAGAGGGAUUUCUUGAGGCCAGGCUCCUGGCAAGAAAGUUCAUCACUCUCUACACACUCUGCAAAGAGCUGCUGUCAAAACAGGACCAUUACGACUGGGGGCUGCGGGCCAUCAAGUCCGUGCUGGUGGUGGCAGGCUCCUUGAAGAGGGGGGACCCUGGCUCUGCAGAGGACCAGGUUUUGAUGAGAGCUCUGCGAGACUUCAAUAUCCCCAAGAUCGUGACAGAUGACUUGCCUGUGUUCAUGGGGCUGAUUGGAGACCUGUUUCCAGCACUGGACGUGCCCAGGAAGAGGGACCUCAACUUUGAGAAGGUCAUCCGAGAGUCCGUGCUGGAGCUGAAGCUGCAGGCAGAGGAGAAUUUUGUGCUGAAGGUGGUGCAGCUGGAGGAGCUGCUGCAAGUGCGACACUCGGUCUUCGUGGUGGGCAACGCCGGCUGCGGCAAGUCCCAGGUGCUGAAGUCGCUCAACAAGACGUACCAGAGGCUGAAGAGGAGGCCAGUCACUGUGGACCUCGACCCCAAGGCUGUGACCUGCGAUGAGCUGUUUGGGAUCAUUCACCCAGCCACGCGGGAAUGGAAGGAUGGUCUGUUCUCCACAGCAAUGCGUGACCUGGCCAACAUCACACACGAUGGGCCCAAGUGGAUCAUCCUGGACGGAGACAUUGACCCCAUGUGGAUCGAGUCCCUGAACACAGUCAUGGAUGACAAUAAGGUGCUCACCUUGGCCAGCAACGAGCGCAUCCCCCUCACGCCCACCAUGCGGCUCAUCUUCGAGAUCAGCCACCUGCGCACGGCCACGCCGGCCACCGUGUCCCGCGCCGGGAUCCUCUACAUCAACCCCGCAGACCUGGGCUGGAACCCCAUUGUGACCAGCUGGAUUGAGACAAGGACAGUGAAGUCUGAGAAGGCUGCUCUGAUGAUCCUCUUUGACAAGUACCUGCCACCAUGCCUGGAGAAGCUCAGGUCUGGGUUCAAGACCAUCACCCCUGUCCCUGAGGUCACGGCCAUACAGACAGUUCUGUCCCUGCUCGAGUGUUUCCUGACACCGAAGAACGUCCCGCCAGACUCACCCCGGGAGCAAUACGAGCUCUUUUUCGUCUUUGCCUGUAUCUGGGCCUUUGGUGGGGCCUUGUUCCAGGACCAGCUGGUUGAUCACCGUGCACAGUUCAGCAAGUGGUGGCUGGGGGAAUUUAAAGCCAUCAAGUUUCCCAAUCAGGGGACAAUUUUUGACUAUUACAUUCAUCCAGAAAAGAAGACAUUCAAUUCCUGGGAUGAAAGAGUGCCAGCGUUUGAGCUCGACCCCGAUGUGCCCUUGCAGGCUGCCGUGGUGCACACCACAGAGACCAUUCGCCUCCGCUACUUCAUGGACCUGCUGAUGGAGAAGCAGCGGCCGGUGAUGCUGGUGGGCAACGCAGGGACAGGAAAAUCGGUCCUGAUGUGGGACAAGCUGGAAGCACUUGGCACAGAUGAAUACCUGGUGCAGUCUGUGCCCCUCAACUUCUACACAACCUCGGCCAUGCUGCAGGGUGUCCUUGAGAAACCCCUGGAGAAGAAAUCAGGCAGAAUUUAUGGCCCACCUGGCACCAAAAGGCUGAUCUACUUCAUCGACGACAUGAACAUGCCGGAGGUGGACAAGUACGGCACUGUGGCACCACACACGCUGAUCCGGCAGCACCUGGACCACGGGCACUGGUACGACAGGAGCAAGCUGACCCUGAAGGACAUCCGCAACUGCCAGUACGUGGCGUGCAUGAACCCGACGGCGGGCUCCUUCACCAUCGACUCCCGGCUGCAGCGCCACUUCUGCGUGCUGGCCGUGUGCUUCCCCAGCCGCGAGGCCCUGCACACCGUGUACGGCACCAUCCUGCAGCAGCACCUGGCCCGGAACAGCAUGCCCCUGCCGCUGCAGAGGAUGCAGCCCCAGCUGGUGGCAGCAGCGCUGGCCCUGCACCAGAAGGUUGCCUCCAACUUUCUGCCAACAGCCAUCAAGUUCCACUACAUCUUCAACCUGCGGGACCUCUCCAACAUAUUCCAGGGGCUGCUCUUCUCCACCUCUGAAUGCCUGAAAACCCCAGUGGACUUGGUGCGUCUCUGGCUUCACGAGGCAGAGAGGGUGUAUGGAGACAAGCUUGUCGAUGAAGAGGAUCAGUACAGCUUCAAGAAGCUGCUGGCUGACAUCUGCAAAGCCUCCUUUCAGGAUCUCAACGAGGAGCUGAUGUUCGCCAAGCCCAACAUCUACUGCCACUUUGCCCAGGGCAUGGACGACUUCAGGUACAUGCCAGUGACAAACUGGGCAUCUCUGAGUGACCUGCUGGGGGAAGCCCUGGACAGCUACAACGAGGUGAAUGCAGUGAUGAACCUGGUGCUCUUUGAAGAUGCAGUGUCUCACAUUUGCAGAAUCAGCCGGAUCCUGGAGUCUCCUCGGGGCAACGCGCUGCUGGUGGGGGUGGGGGGCAGUGGAAAGCAAAGCCUGGCGCGGCUGGCAGCUCACAUCAGCAACCUGAGCGUCUUCCAGAUCACGCUGAGGAAGGGCUAUGGCAUCCCAGACCUGAAGCUGGACCUCGCCUCCCAGUACAUCAAAGCAGCUGUGAAGAACAUCCCCGGCGUGUUCCUGAUGACAGACUCCCAGGUGGCUGAGGAAUCAUUCCUGGUUGUGAUCAACGAUUUCUUGGCAUCUGGGGAGGUGCCAGGACUCUUUCAGGACACUGACAUGGAAACCAUCAUCGGGUCCAUGAGGCCUCAAGUGAAGUCCCUUGGAAUGGAGGAUACAAAGGAAAACUGCUGGAAAUUAUUUAUAGAAAAAGUCAGGCGCCAGUUAAAGGUGGUGCUCUGCUUCUCGCCCGUGGGCUCCACGCUGCGAGUGCGGGCCAGGAGGUUCCCGGCCGUGGUGAACUGCACGGCCAUCGACUGGUUCCACGAGUGGCCCGAGGACGCGCUCGUGUCCGUCAGCAGCAGGUUCCUGGAGGAAACACCAGACAUCGAGCCUGAGGUCAAGGCCUCCAUCAGCCAGUUCAUGUCCUUCGUCCACACGAGUUCAAAGGAGAUGUCCAAGAUCUACCUGGCUGUGGAGAGACGCUACAAUUACACCACGCCAAAGACCUUCCUGGAGCAGAUAAAGCUCUACCAAAACCUGCUGGCAGAUAAAAGGAGCAAGCUCUCUGCCAGCAUCGACAGGCUGGAGAAGGGGCUGAUGAAGCUGCAGAGCACAGCAUCACAGGUGGAUGACCUGAAAGCCAUGCUGGCAGUCCAGGAGGUAGAGCUGAAGCAGAAGAACGAGGACACAGACAAACUGAUCCAGGUGGUGGGUAUUGAGACAGAGAAGGUCAGCAAGGAGAAAGCCAUUGCUGAUGAGGAGGAGCUGAAGGUGGAGGCCAUCAACAAGAUGGUGGCUGAGAAGCAGCGAGCCUGUGCCAGCGACCUGGCAGAGGCAGAGGUGGUGCUGUCGGCCGCCCGCGAGGCCCUGGACACGCUCAACAAGUACAACCUGACAGAGCUCAAGUCCUUUGGGGCCCCUCCACCAGAGGUGGUGAACGUGAUGGCAGCUGUGCUGAUUCUGACGGCCGAAAACGGCAAAAUUCCCAAGGACAAGAGCUGGACAGCAGGAAAAGUCAAGAUAGGAAAAGCAGACACUUUCCUUGCAAGCUUGAAAAACUAUGAUGGGGAAAACAUCCCUGAGCCCUGUCUCAAGGCAUUUGAGCCGUACCGCAAGGACCCCAGCUUUAACCCCGAGUUCAUCAAGUCCAAGUCCACGGCGGCGGCCGGGCUGUGCUCCUGGUGCCUGAACAUGGUGCGUUUCUACGAGGUGCACUGCACGGUGAAGCCCAAGCGGCAGGCGGUGGCGGACGCGGACGCGGAGCUGGCGGAGGCGCAGCACCGGCUGAGCAAGAUCAAGAGCAAGAUCGCGGCCCUGAAUGCAAAUCUGGCGACUCUGACUGCUCAGUUUGAGAAAGCCACAGCAGAGAAGAUCAAAUGCCAGCAGGAGGCCGACGAAACCAGCAAAGUCAUCAACUUGGCAAACAGGCUCGUUGGGGGGCUGGCGUCCGAGAACGUGCGCUGGGCUGAGUCCGUGGAGCAGCUCAAGGAGCAGGGCAAGACGCUGUGCGGGGACGUGCUGCUGGUCUCUGCCUUCGUCUCCUACAUCGGGUACUUCACCAAGAAGUACAGGGCUGAGCUCCUGGAGAAGCACUGGCUGCCCUACCUGCACGGGCUGAAGGUGCCCAUCCCCAUCACCCCCGAGCUGGACCCCCUCAGCCUCCUCACCGACUCUGCCGACGUGGCUGCCUGGAACAACCAGGGGCUGCCCAGCGACCGCACCUCCACCGAGAACGCCGCCAUCCUCUGCAGCACCGAGCGCUGGCCGCUGCUCGUGGACGCCCAGCUGCAGGGCAGCAAGUGGAUCAAGAACAAGUUUGGGGAGGACCUGCAGAUCGUGCGCCUGGGCCAGCGCAGGUACCUGGACACCAUUGCCCAGGCGGUGUCUGAGGGACAGACGCUGCUGAUCGAGGACAUCGGGGAGACGCUGGAGGCAGUGCUGGACCCUCUGCUGGGCAGGACCACCAAGGGCAGAUACAUGAGAAUUGGAGAUAAGGAAGUAGAGUACAACCAGCAGUUCCGCCUAAUCCUGCACACCCGAUGUUUCAACCCGCACUACAAGCCAGAGGUGCAGGCUCAGUGCACCCUCAUCAACUUCUUGGUGACACGGGAGGGCCUGGAGGACCAACUGCUGGCAGCUGUGGUGGCCCGGGAGCGGCCAGACCUGGAGGCCCUGAAGGCAAGCCUGACCAAGAGCCAGAACGAGUUCAAGAUCAAGCUGAAGGAGCUGGAGGACUCGCUGCUCGCCCGGCUGUCGGCUGCCGGGGGGGAUUUCCUGCGGGACACGGCGCUGGUGGAGAACCUGGAGAUAACAAAGCGCACAGCCAAGGAAAUUGAGGAGAAGGUAAAAGAAGCUAAAGUCACUGAAGUACAAAUAAACGAAGCGAGAGAGAACUACCGGCCGGCAGCAGAGCGUGCAUCCCUCCUGUACUUCAUCCUGAGUGACCUUUGCAAGAUCAACCCCAUCUACCAGUUCUCUCUGAAGGCCUUCAAUGGGGUUUUUGAGAAAGCCAUCCAAAGGGCCAUCCCCAGCGAGGAGAUCCGGCAGAGGGUGAUCAACCUGACAGACCAGAUCACCUACUCAGUCUACGUGUACACGGCACAGGGCCUCUUUGAGAGAGACAAACUCAUCUUCCUGGCCCAGGUCACCUUCCAGGUCCUGGCCCUCAAGAAAGAAGUGAACCCAGCAGAGCUGGACUUUCUCCUGCGCUUCCCUGCCAAGACUGGUGUCACGUCCCCUGUGGACUUCCUGCAGAACCAGGGCUGGGGUGCUGUCAAGGCACUUUCAGAAAUGGAAGAGUUCGGCAGCCUGGAGAACGACAUUGAGAGCUCAGCAAAGCGAUGGAAGAGGUUUGUGGAGAUGGAGGCGCCGGAGAACGAGGUGUUCCCCAUGGACUGGAAGAACAAGACAGCCCUGCAGAAGCUGUGUGUGCUGCGCUGCCUGCGCCCUGACAGGAUGACCUAUGCCAUCAGGAAAUUCGUGGAAGAGAAGAUGGGAAGCAAGUAUGUGAAAGGCAGGAGCAUUGACCUCUCUGAGGUGUACAAGGAGAGCAGCCCCUCCACGCCCCUGUUCUUCAUCCUGUCCCCCGGUGUUGACCCGCUGAAGGACGUGGAAGCGCUGGGCACGAGGCUGGGCUUCACCAUUGACAACGGGAAGAUCCACAACGUGUCCCUGGGGCAAGGCCAGGAGAUUGUGGCAGAGCAUGCCAUGGAGGUGGCAGCUGCAGAGGGCCACUGGGUCAUCCUGCAGAACAUCCACCUGGUGGCCCGCUGGCUGGAUGCUCUGGAGAAGCUGGUGGAGCAGCACAGCGAGGACAGCCACCCCGAGUACCGGCUGUUCAUGAGCGCCGAGCCGGCCCCCAGCCCCGAGACACACAUCAUCCCCCAGGGGCUGCUGGACAACUCCAUCAAGAUCACCAGCGAGCCACCGACCGGCAUGCGUGCCAACCUGCACGGAGCCCUCGACCUGUUCUCCCAGGAAACACUGGAGCAGUGCAGCAAAGAAACGGAGUUCAGGUGCAUCCUGUUUGCACUUUGCUACUUCCAUGCAGCGGUGGCUGAGCGGCGCAGGUUUGGGACCCAGGGCUGGAACAGGUCCUACCCCUUCAACAACGGCGACCUGACUGUCUCUGUGAAUGUCCUGCAAAACUACCUGGAGGCCAACCCCAAGGUGCCGUGGGAUGACCUCCGGUACCUGUUUGGUGAGAUCAUGUACGGGGGGCACAUCACCGACGACUGGGACCGCCGGCUGUGCCGCACCUACCUGAGCGAGUACGUGCAGCCCGAGAUGCUGGACGGGGAGGUGGCCUUGGCUCCAGGCUUCAUGAUCCCUCCCCGCUUGGAUUACGAGGACUACCACCAGUACAUCGAUGACAACCUGCCAGGAGAGAGCCCCCACCUGUAUGGCCUGCACCCCAAUGCAGAGAUGGGUUUCCUGACCGUCACCUCGGACAGGCUCUUCCGCACGGUGCUGGAGCUGCAGCCCAAGGAAUCCGAGGCUGCCGGGGGCACAGGGGCCUCCCGAGAGGAACAGGUGAAGGCAGUCCUGGAUGAAAUCCUUGGGCAGCUGCCAGAGCCAUUCAACAUGGAGGAGAUGAUGGCAAAGGCAAAGGAAAAGACCCCAUACACGGUUGUAGCCCUCCAGGAAUGUGAAAGGAUGAACAUCCUGACCAACGAGAUCAGGCGCUCGCUGAAGGAGCUGGACCUGGGGCUGCAGGGAGAGCUGACCAUUACAUCCGAGAUGGAAGAGCUGGCCAACGCUCUCUUCUAUGACAGCGUUCCAGAAUCCUGGACACGCUAUGCCUACCCCUCCCUGCUCAGCCUGGCAACCUGGUAUGCAGACCUGCUGCAGAGGAUCAGGGAACUGGAAGUCUGGUCAACAGAUUUUGUGCUGCCUGCAACAGUGUGGCUGGCAGGAUUCUUCAACCCCCAAUCCUUCCUGACAGCCAUCAUGCAGUCCACAGCCAGGAAAAAGCAGUGGCCCCUGGAUAAGAUGUGUCUGGCAGCAGAGGUGACAAAGAAAACCCGUGAGGAGAUAACAUUUCCCCCUAGAGAAGGCUCCUACGUGCACGGGCUGUUCAUGGAAGGCGCGCGCUGGGACGUGGCGGCCGGCUCCAUCGCGGACGCACGCAUGAAGGAGCUGACCCCCGAGGUGCCCGUGAUCCUGCUCAGAGCCAUCCCCGUGGACCGCAUGGACACCACCAACGUCUACGAGUGUCCUGUCUACAAGACACGGUCGCGAGGGCCCACCUACGUCUGGACCUUCAACCUGAAGACGAAGGAAAAAGCUGCCAAGUGGGUCCUGGCUGGUGUGGCUCUGCUCCUAGAGGCCUAGACUUUUUAAUGGCAAUGAAAAACAGCAAUAUUUUUACUUGUAAAAACCUCCAAGUUGUGUAACUCAGUCUAUGUUUGAUUGUACCAGAACCAUUUUAGCAAAGUAUCAAUAAAACCAGAGCUGGAAGCUGC